CCUCCUCCACCUUCCCCUCCUCUUUGGCGCGGAGCUGCUAUUUCCAGAUACUUCCACCCACUUCUGUGUCUCCUCCCUCUCGAUAAAGGUGCCCGGCCGGCAAGAGCCGCCUCGCUUAACUCUCCAGUGGAUGACCUGAGCGGCGGCUGGCGUUUCUUCCCGUGUUGACUUCUUCGAGCCGUUGCGCCGCGCCUCCUCUCUUGCGCGCAGCAUGAGCGCAGCUGCUCAGUCUCCCACGCGGGUGCAGGUGGAGGCCGGAGGCGGCGAGCGGGAGCCCCUGCCUCCGGGCUGGGAGGUGAAGAUAGACCCCCAGACCGGGUGGCCUUUCUUUGUGGAUCAUAACAGCCGCACGACCACCUGGAACGACCCGCGCCUACAGGAGGACCGCCUGAAGGAAAGCACGUCAGCAAAUGGUCCAUCUCGAAAUAGUAUAAAUCAAGCCCAAGUCCGAGACGGAAAUGUGGGAUAUCCAAAACUUCGUGCUGGUUAUAUUCCAAUUCCAGUUGUACAUGAAGGUGCAGAAAACAGACAGCAUUACUCAUACAAUCCUGGCUAUCAGCCUGGCGUUCAGCGUGUCAAGGCAGAAACCAUUCCUACCACAGUUCGGGCCCCAUCAUCUCCAAGAGGAAGUUUCAUCCGUUCACAGUCUCCAGCUAGAGGGCUUGCAGAAGCUGCCCAGGCAGAUAAGCAAUGUGCACAACCAGCAGCAGCCCCAAUCCAAAUACAGUCUUCAGGAUCUGAGCAGCUUCCAUCAUCUUUGGAAUCGCCAACCAUUUCCCCUCAGUCUUCCAGCAGGCAUAGCUCAGGAAGCCAUCAGCUCCCUCGGGGAUAUAUUCCCAUCCCUGUAAUCCAUGAGGGGAAUGCCCCAAGGCAGCCAUCACAAGUCUAUCAUCAGGCACAGAAGAUGCCUUGCCCAGGCCAGCCAAGUGACUACCAACCUCAUCAGCCAGUGUACCAUAAAAUUCAAGUUGAUGAUUUGGAUCAGAAGCCACAACGGGCACAGUCUCCAUUCAGAGUGUCACAGAGGGGCUCAGGAAGUCGUGAAAGUUCACCAGGAAGAAUCCAGUCACCAACACCAAUCAGAGUACAGUCAGUCAAACCUCAGGCUUCUCAGCAACAAGUGCCAACUGAAGAAGCACCGCCACCUCUGCCACCUGAUACCAAGCUUAAAAACAAGGCUGGUUCACCUGGAACAGAAAUUCCAGCUCCAAGUAUCCCUAUUCAAGUCAUACGUGCAGAUGUAGAUAUUAAGCCACCACAACAGAUACCAUUUCCUACAGCAGAAAAUGUUGAUAACAAGAUUCCUUGCCCUGUUAAAGUUGUUCCAAUAGAAGAGAGACCUUUGCCACAGGAACAUGAAUCACAGAAGACUUCAGAAGCAGAAGAGCCUCAGAAACACCCAGGAGUCUUGAAAGUUGAAGCUAUUCUAAAUAGGGUACAGAUCCUAGAGCAGGAAGUUGAUUCCUUUCAAGGAAAGAAAAAUGACAAAAAGUAUCUAUGGAUAGAAGAGUACUUGACCAAAGAGCUGCUAGCCUUGGACUCUGUGGACCCUGAGGGUCGUGCAGAUGUUCGGCAAGCCAGGAGAGAUGGUGUAAGAAAAGUCCAGAAUAUAUUGGAAAGACUUGAACAGAAAGCAGAAGAUGUUCCAGAGACCAUUCAAGGGGAUGAACUUCAGUCAUCUUUGCCUGAAAGUAGUCCAUUGUCACAGGAAAAAAUGGAUAUUUAUCCUAUGGUGGAAAAUCUUGCUAAGGAUAUAAAUAAUGAAAAUGCCAAAGAGCAAAUCAAAAUGGAAAUGGAUCAACCUGGAUCUAAAGAAGAAAUAGUUUCAAAUCUUGCUAAAGAAAGUUGCACAUCUAAAACUGUGGCUGAACCAUAAACACAGGAAAAACUUAAAAGUCCUUGGACUCCUUAAGUUAAAUGUGUGUUAAGCAAAUUUUAACUUGCAUGUAUUUCCGGAGCUUUGCACCAGUUGGUUUUUAAUCGACAUAGCAGCUUGGAUCACAGGAAACAGAUGGGGGGCAGAAAUGGGUGCAUAAAAAUAAUAUCUUUAGCUUAUAUUCUGUAUCUUGCUCAAAAUAAUGUGUUUGAAGAAUAUCUUGUAAAAUUAUUGCUUUCAACUCAAUGAGUGAAAAAUGUUUUCAGUCAGUAUCAGUGAGCAGAGUUACUUUCAUAAAAUCAUUACCUAAGUAUAUCUAAAUAAGACAUCCUUUUUAAAAAGACACUCUUAGAGAAAAUGUUUUCACUAUUAGGCACUUUAAAUAAUGAUGUCUGGAAAGUGUGUUAAGAAACCAUAGGGAUAUUUAUAUGUAUUGAGAACUUCAGUGCUAUAUUUUAAAUGAGAAAAGAAAUAAAACAGACUGUAGAAGCCUGA